AUGGGGAAGAAAAGGUUGGAAAUCAAGCCAAUAGAGGAUAAAGCGAAGCGGAACACUGCUUUCACGAAGCGGAGGAAUGGCCUUUGCAGGAAAGCGGAAAAUCUCUGCGACUUAUGCGGCGGCGAGGUCGCGGUUAUUGUUUUCUCCAACGCUGGAAACCUGUUCGCCUACAGUAAUACUCUGGUAGAUCAAGUGGUCGAGUGUUAUCUACAGGCUGAUCAUGCUUCUGGCAUGGCUACGGGAAGUGCGGAACAGUUUGGCACGUCUCGGGUCGAGAAGGAGGAGAAACUGCCAGAAAAGAUUUGUAAUAUAAUUUCUAAGGCCAUGGCGGAUGAACGACCAGCCUGGGGUAAGAUGAUAGAGAACUUAGAGUUUGAAGACCUUGAAAAUCUUGAGGCGGCCAUGAAGGCGUUGAAAAACGGGAUUGCGGCGAAGGAAGCUCCCAUGGCUACCGGGGACGAGAAGGAAGUCCAAUCUUGA